CGUUUUAGACGACGAUUUCCAACAAGAACAAUUAGUGGAACAAUUAGUGGGUUUGUUUUUCCAAUGUUUUUUUCCCACCCAAGACAAAUAAAUGCUGUAUGUAUAAAAUGUACUGAACACACGUAAUAAAAUGCCUAGAAUAAAUGUGUCUUUAAUAAAAUGCAGUUAUUGUCUAUUAUAUGAUCUUGCUCUGUAUAGCCUUUGCAACAAACGGCAGAUAACGCUACGUUAUUUAUAAGGGGUCUAGGCAAUACAAUUAUGGUAAUUAUAUGGCUUUAUAGGCUACAGUGUGCGGCAAAAUGUCAACGACCAGGCAAGGCUACAGUAAUAAUGAGAGAGUAGUUUAAUUGAGAGAGUAGCGUCAUGAGGGCACCUGCCAUUUAGAAAAUAUAGGCUAAUCCCUGUGCGCAGUGUGUUCGAACCUGGCUUCUAAUAUUGUGCACCCUUGCAGCAGUGCACACUCGUAAAUUAACCCUUUGUCAUAUUAGCGAUAUGAGUUCUAUACUGUAGGCCUACAGGAAUACUCCCCUUUAAGAACGCACGACCGUGAGCGUGGUAGACGUGGGCGUGUGUCGGUUUGUUAAUAAAGCGUCACCUGACCCUGGCCUAACACUAACUGCACUGAGGGAAGAGAGGAUAGAAAGGCAGACAGAUAGACACUCUAAAUAAAUAAACGAACGAGUGAAUUAAAUACACAAUUAUUUCCAACAUCUCCAUCUUCAUAUAGUAGCCUAUUCCGCGUUCUUGGAUUGGUGCGCCGGUCAGUGUUUGCUAAUGCCACAGGGGGAAGAGGCGCAUCUGCUGUAGACAAAGAGAGAAGGGCAACGCGCCUAUCAGACAUUCCUGAUCAGAAAAAAAGAUCCGGUAGGAAUAUUUUAACCCACGAGCCGACAAGGACACUGUGCGUCAUUACUACAAAAAGCUCUACAUCCUACCCGUGCAUUUACCUCCUCCGGUUUACCGUUUUGCGUGCGUUGUGGGGAGUGGAAACACUUGACCGUCAAUCCGAUGUUCCUGCAAAAAGGAUAAGGGAAUAUUCUGUGGAUUUUUGAUGAAGUUUGGACAUUUGGCCAAAUCCAUUCAUUCCGAGGACAAGAAGCGCUGCGCGGUUGCAACGUUUUCGAUCUCCUGAUUGUUUCUUUGUUAGGCCUAUUGCUUUAUUGCUGUGGUGCGAGGAAAUAUAUUAUAUUGCCCACGUAGUGUUACGUAAGAGUGGCGUUAUCCAAGGUGCUGAACUGGACGUUAUAACGGGACACAAGGCAAGGGAAGAGAGCAAUCUUGCAAGGUCACAGGCCUAUCCGUGAGGGAUUUGGAGAGGACCGCACUGCACUGGCAUCGUUGAUACCCGUAUUCCUGUAGGAAGACCGCCUUUUCAUAUUUUUUUUUCUCAUUAGUGAAAUAAGUUCUUGAGGUGGUCGACUACACGGGGAGAAAAUGUCGGGGCAGACGCUCACGGAUCGUAUUGCCGCUGCGCAGUACCAGUUAACGGGAUCAGAGGUAUCUCGCGCCGUCUGCAAAGCCACCACUCAUGAGGUGAUGGCGCCCAAGAAAAAGCACCUGGAAUAUCUGAUCUCGGCCACCAAUGCGACCAACGUGAACAUCCCUCAGAUGGCUGACACUCUGUUUGAGAGGGCCACCAACGCCAGCUGGAUUGUCGUCUUCAAGGCCCUCGUCGCCACACACCAUAUGUGUGUCCAUGGCAAUGAGAGGUUCAUCCAGUACUUGGCCUCCAGGACCGCUCUGUUCAACCUGAGCAACUUUAUAGACAAAACAGGUUCCAACGGCUAUGACAUGUCUACGUUCAUCAGACGUUAUGGCCGCUACCUCAAUGAGAGGGCCUUCGCCUACCGCCAGAUGGCUUUCGACUUCACCAAAGUCAAAAAGGGUGCUGAGGGGGUGAUGAGGACAAUGACUCCAGAAAAGCUGUUGAAAGGCAUGCCUGUCCUGCAGACCCAGAUCGACACACUGCUGGAGUUUGAUGUCCAUCCCAAGGAGCUGAAUAACCCUAUCAUCAACGCAGGGUUCCUGCUGCUCUUCAAGGAUCUGGUCAAGCUGUUUGCCUCCUACAACGAUGGGGUCAUCAAUCUUUUAGAGAAAUACUUUAAGAUGAAGAAGAGCGACUGCAAGGAGGCCUUAGAGAUCUAUAAGAGGUUCCUGACCAGGGUCACCAAGAUCGGAGAGUUCAUGAAGCUUGCUGAGACUGUCGGAGUGGACAAAAAUGAUAUUCCUGACAUCAACUAUGCUCCCAGCAGCAUCCUGGAGUCUCUGGAGACACACAUGAACAGUUUGGAGGGGAAGAAGGGUGAAGGGUCUCCAACAAAGGGGUCCCCUACCAAUAACGUGUCUCCGACCUCCACCCCCGCCAAAUCUGCAGCCGCCGUGCCCACCCUAGCGCCACCACCUGAAGAAGCCACCGAUUCUCUCUUAGAUCUGGACCCUCUCUCCUCCUCUGGUCCGUCAGUAGGAGCCUCAGCAGCCCCUACAUCCUGGGGAGACCUCCUUGGAUCAGAAAUGGGCGAGUCCAUGCUUCCUGACCCCRCCCUAGCUGUAGAACCCGUCCCCUCUCCCGCUGGUGUAACGUCCACCCCUGCAGCUGCGGAGCCAGGAGUCUCUCUGGCUCCUCCCCCUAGUGCGGCCGUGGCCGCCGCCCCCACCCCCGGCGCGACGAAUAUGGAUCUGCUGGGAGAUGCGUUUUCGACCCCUGUUCCCACCUCUGAUGCCUCUGCUGAGGGCGGAGCUCCGGCCUCCACGCCAACCCCAGCCGCCAACGCUGCUGCCGACCCCUUUGCCCCCUCUGGUGGUAGCUCAGAUGCAGUAGGCCCAGGGCUGGACCUGUUUGCCAUGAUGCCUAUGGAGAACAACUGCUUUAACUCAGUGGAACCCCCUUCUGCCCCCUCAUCCACCAUCACAGCACCUAUCCCCCCCACCACCCCAUCGAUAGACCUCUUGAGUGCUAUGUUUGAUUCCUUGCCAGAUCCAAGCUUCACCAAAGCAGACCUUGCCCCCAGUGUUGACAUGUUUGGAGCAGAUGCCUUCUCCUCCCCUGCCCCUCUCUCCUCUGCCCCCCCAAUGGACAAGGGGGUGAUCAUGGACCUGUUUGGGGACUCCACUGGUGGAGAGACCAAGCCUGCUGCCCCUGCAGCUGCCUCUGGUGCUGAGCUGAUGGCAGCGUUUGAUGGUCUAGGGGAUGUUUUGAUGCCUUCUAUGACACCCCAGGCCGUGGCAGCCUCGUCUCCAGUUAAAUCUAUGGGAGGAGACCUGGACGCCACCAUGGCUAGCAUGGCUAGCAAUCUGGGAAUGGGGAGCCAAAAACCGGGGGAGAACACGAUGGGAGGCUGGUCAACUCCUCAGGUAGCUCCUCCCAGUUGGAACGCUCCCAUGGUAAAUGUUGUCUGGUUCAUAUAGCAUGGAGUGCAGCGACAUGGCAAUGACGGGCAUGGAAUGGAACAAAUUACACGCGCCGUUCCUCUCUGACUCUCCAGGGUGGUCCAAUCACAACACUGGGAAAAUGGAAAUUUGGAGUUUGGCGUUCGGUUUAAAAGGGGUGAACAUUUUGUGGGAAAACUAUGGGUUGGAUUGGGAAUAACCCCUGGAGAGCUCUGAGAGGGCUGAUGUUUGUCCCAAAYUAAGGAGCUGCUUGGAAAACCACUUCCCGUUUCUUCUCUUAUGGUUCUGACCUCGAGCAAGCCACAUGACCCUUCGGUGACCCCGAAAUGCCCUGCUCAUCUGCAUAUAUCUUUAUUUCUAUCCCCAUUGGCUUUCUUUARAAACAGCUCCACUUCUCAGGGUCCAAACAAAACACACUACAAAACAGUCGCAUUUAGAUCACUUUAGCUUCAUMAUUUAAUAAGCUGCACUUACCAUUGCUUCACUUGGCCAAAAAGCUUUCGCUAUAGGGUCUAUAGUUGCUGUAUUGCCCCAUGGCUUCAGCUGUUAAUUUAGCCAAAGCCUUACUACUAGAUAUAAAAAUCUGAUAUUUAGUUGCUGAUUAAACUGGUCUGCCUGAUCAUGUGUUCCUAUAAUUGACCCUGUGCUCUUCAAAUGCUUCUGCUUGAGCAAAUCACCUGAACCAGAUUUUAGAGGCUAGGUUUUCUAUGUGAUCUCUCUCUCUCUCUCUCUGUGUUGAAUCUGUUUUAAUGAUGUCUUUGUCUGU